CAAAUCAGACUAAACGAAAAUUGAAAACUUUUUAUAUUCUAUCGACAUUGUCAUGUGGAAAUAGGAUUCUCGUUAUUUGUAUAAAAACGGUUGAAGCCAAGAAUAUGAUGGAUUUAUUCAAAUUUUUAGACUACAAACAGUUAAUUUAUACACCUUUUUAUUGUGAGGAGAAUAUUUGGAAAUUAUGCGAACAUAUUCAACAGAAAGAACCCGAAUUAUUAAAAAAUUGCUUUGUAGUUUUCAUAUCAAACGAUAUCGAAAAAGUAUUACUAUGGGCACAGAAAAUUGGAAAUCCUGAUCACAAUUAUCACGUAAUCUGGGACUAUCAUGUAAUUUUAAUUUACUAUAACACGGACGAUGAUGAUGAUGAUAUGGCUGUUGUUUUUGAUUAUGAUACCAUUUUGCCGUUUCCAUGUUCAUUCAAUGAUUAUCAAAACAGUGUACUUCGACGUUAUGAUUAUAUAAAUUCCAAGUAUGAUUGUAAAUUUCGAAUUAUAAUGGCCGAACAAUAUUUAAGAACAUUUUCAUCUGAUCGAUCUCGAAUGAAAGAUUCGAAUGGAAAAUUUAUUCAACCACCUCCCGAAUAUCCUUGCAUACAAACAUCCACUGAAUCGAACAAUCUUAAUGAUUUCAUAUCGAUGAAUAUGCAAACAUUUUGCAUUGGACAAGUAAUGGAUUUGGAUCAGUUACGAAAAAAAUUCUCUAAAUGAUUUAUUUUGUUUCAGAAAAAAAUAAUCCUAAUAAUCGAUUCAUAAUAAAUGUUACAAUUGUGUUAA